AUGGACCCGACGGACCGAAACGUGGAUAGCGGGGGUGGCGCCGUGUUCCAAGGCAACAUUACCGCAGGCCGAGACAUCACCAUCAACCAGAUCACCGAGAUACGACAAGCUACUGAGCGUUUGAGUAUCCGUUACAGUGGAGCAGAUGCUUCCGACAGGUUUCUUGGUAGCCUAGAGGCUCUAAGUGGAGCCGCCGAAUUCACCGAAGACUACGCGAAAGAGCUGAGCUCCAGCGUCUUUGCUAGCGACCCACUCCUUGAAAAUGUUUCCCGGGAAUGCGCUUCUAUCUUGAACGAGCUCAAACAGCUAGAAACGUCUUUGGGGCAAGAUGAAAACGGGCAAAACGCGAUUACCGCUUCGUUCAAUGAGAUUGUGAUGGAUAUAAGGUCAAGGCUCAUGAGCCUGCAAAUGCACAUCAGCAACGUCAACAGCCGCAAGACCGCAAAAGACUUCGAGGCUAUUAAGGAGGCGGUUGCUCAGCUAAUGGAAAGUCAUAAACCUUCAGACGACGCUUCUUCGAUUCGGAGCUUCUUCACGGCUUCCUCUAUCCCAUAUGUUGAACGGCAGAUAUGGCAAGAGAUCGAGAAAGCCUUGCGAGCGCAAUUUACUGCCGAGUAUGUGCGAGAUCACUACGCUUUGAUUGUGGCGUCAGUGGAAGAGCUUGUCUUUGAGGAUACUCCCUCCUGGGUCGCCAAAGAAGCUAAACCUGAAAACCCGCCUCCCGAAGCGUCGACCGAUUCGAUUACGGGCGACACGUUGCGGAUGUCUCAAAGCUACAACAUCGCCAAGGGGUCGGAUAAAGAUGUUGGCAAUGGUGCCCCAUUACAUCUGGUUCGCGGCAGCCGCCAUCAUAUAGAGGGCGGCCUCUAUGCCAUAGACCCAGCAGUUCAAUGGUCAAGAUCGGUGGAGGGCGGAACUGGCGAGUGCCUGCUCACUAUCGGUUCGUGA